GCAGGCAGUGAUGGCCAGAGCAUUGGCAACUGUCCAUUCUCCCAGCGCCUCUUCAUGGUGCUGUGGCUUAAAGGAGUCACGUUCAACGUCACCACCGUGGACAUGAAGAGGUCUGUCUAAUGCCUAUCAAUCUGUAUUUAUAUUACAUAUACAUUUAUAUUACAUUUGCACAUGUUUAAGAUACUUCUCACUCCCUCUCAUGCUGUCAUUGUUUCCCUUUUUCCCUCUGUCAUUUUUCUCUCUCUUGAUAGGAAACCAGACAUCCUUAAGGACCUGGCCCCUGGUGCUCAGCCCCCCUUCCUGCUGUAUGGGACGGAGGUGAAAACCGACACCAACAAGAUAGAAGAGUUCCUGGAGGAGAACCUGUCCCCUCCAAAGUAAUCACUCCUUCCAUCAUUAUAUCCUUAUUCCAUCCUCUGAUCAUACCAUCAGACAGUUAUGCUGCUACUUGCAUCAAGCAAAGUUUCAUAUCCUUCCAGGUCUAUGUUCAUAGGCGGGGCGUGAAUUUCAAGGUUGAGGAAGCUCAUUUUCACCAUAAAAAUGCACCUUUAUAAUAAAGCAUUCCAUGCACCUAUCAUCACAUUUCCAGACUUAUGUAAGAUAGCCUACUAUUCUGAGUAGAUUGGAUAGUCAUAAUUUAGGCUAAUAAUAUAAAUCAAUCACUGUUCGCUAAAAAUACCCUUCAAUGCAUGGCUGAGCGUGUUGUGGCGUAGAGUAGGCCUAGGCUAUAGGCUAUAUCAGAUACGUUUCUUCUCCUUUCUUUGCACUGGAAAAAAAUGUGGCCUUUUAUAAACACAUUUCAUUUCAAUUCUACUAAACUUUAUAUGACUGGAGAAAUUAACAUAAUAUUUUUGAAUAAGACAAACAUUACAUAAAGGCCUAUAGGCUACUGCUGACACUGACAAACAGAUCAAUAAAAAUGACCUUGUCUACAACCAUCUAAUCUAGGCCUAUGAAAAGGGGAGACAGACAUUAUACAAUAUGAAGUCCAUCUAACCUGGAGGAGGAAAUUAUUGUCCAAAAACAAACUUUUAAGUUGCACUGACCCAAUGAUAAAGAGUGAAUGUGCGUACUCACCGGGGAUAAGGACGAUGCUCUCUUCUGGUGCCAAUAAGAUAGGCUACUGUUUGCUCAAAUUGAGAAUUUUGAUAACUAAAAGAUAGAUUAGAGUAUUUUCAUUGUCUUCUCUUUUCUAUGUUAUCCCGCAAUUGUAUUUUGAAAUAUUGCGAUAUGCCUGAGCCUAUUUUAGCUGUUUUUCACUGACAGUCACAACUCAACAAUCAUCUAUUUGGUAUUUAAAUGCGCGCGCUGCCCAAAUUGCGGGCCUUCCGACUGUAGGCUAUGCGCUUGUGAUUUAAAACAAUCCACAGCUUAUUUUUUUAGAAUCUAAUGAUGAUCUGGGGCCAAAUCAUGCUUUCAGGUGUACUAGCAUAUUUUGAAUGAUUUUAUUUAUUUCUGUAUAGACAGAAGUAAUUAUAUAAUUUUGGCAAUUUAAUUCAAUUUACUGUAGGAGAAGCUUAGCUUCCUUUGUAGAAUCAUUUGUAUCUGUUGUUUGCCUCUGUAGAGUAUGUUGAUAGGUUAUGUACUGUACUUGCAUGUAGGCUAUUGAUACUUUAUGUAUUUAACAUUACUUCUUAUGUUCCUCUCUGAAGACAAUAUGCUUUCUCCCAUGAUAUCUUGCUGACUGAAAGAACCUCAGGUCUGCUAGAUGCCAAAUUUGUAAUGCGUCCUCCACCCCCUUCACAGAUACCCCCGCAUGGCUUCCAGGAACCCUGAGUCUAACACAGCCGGCCUGGACGUGUUCUCUAAGUUCUCGGCCUACAUCAAGAAUUCAAACCCCCAGCUCAAUGACAGUGAGUGACAAUGACAAAUCAGGAUGAACUGAGCCCGACCAGUCAUGUACAAAAACACUAUUGCAUGUUAACAAGCACCUACAAGAACUCCCACAAUCUGUCUCUGUAUUCCAGAGCAGCAGGGAGUGUCUUUGUUAAUGGUAUUAUGCUCUGAGCUUUGCGUCUCUUCCCAAACUGGUUGCCUGUUGUCUUGUAUUUUUAGCAGCGCUUUCAGAAGUACAGUGAAAAGUACACACUAAGAUAUGCAUUUGUCACACGCAAUGAGUCAAAAAGGACAUUUUAAAUUACUCUUUAACUCAACAAUUUACAAUUGUGCCUCAAGUCCUCAAUUAUGUUUUUGUUCAAAUAAUUCAAGUAAUUCUAUUUCUAUGGGUGUUACGUCAUAUUUCCUUUGUAUUGUGCAUUGUUUCAUGGUGCAGCACAUUCAAUUCCUUCUUUCAGAGGUUUGUUUCAGUAUAAUUACAGGGAGCUCUAUGAAGGCUUUACUUGCAUGAUACUAGUGAGGAGCUUUAGCUAUGCUCAUACUACAGUUUGUUUAUGUACGUGUCAGGCUUAAUCAAUGUGUUGUACUUUGUGUGUUCUCCGUGUCGUCAGACCUAGAGAAAGGCCUGCUCAAGGCCCUGAAGAAGCUAGAUGACUACCUCGGCUCCCCACUUCCUGAGGAGAUUGACGAGAAUAGUGCUGAUGAUGUCACUUCUUCCUCCCGCCCCUUCCUGGAUGGGCAGGACCUCACUCUGGCCGACUGCAACUUGCUGCCGAAGCUGAACAUUGUCAAGGUAAUCCUUUGUUUUAAGCCCUGCUUGUGGCCUAGUGUGAAGUCCAUAAUCAAAUCAGUAUUAAUUGGGGUUGGUGGACCACUUGUGAGCUAAAUGCUCCCACAUGUACAGUAUUAACUUCAGUGCAAACUGCAAAGUAAGAACACAAGAGCAUAUUUAUAAAAGUGUUUAGGCAGAUCCAAUGGGAUCUUUUGAUAAUUCUUUUUUGGACUGUAAACAUUUAUUGGCUAUAACUGUUACCUUUCUUGUCUUUACUUUUUUGUAUCAUACUUUUAUUUUGGUUAUUCACCAAAGACACCCACCAAAGACAUUUGCAUACAUUUGCAUGUUCAGGAAUUUGACUCUGUGAAAUGGUGCUGCCACAAUAAACAGAAUAUACAGACAGGCACAAUAAACAAACUAUAUGGAUACAAUACACUAUAUAUACAAAGGUAUGUGGACACCCCUUCAAAUUAGUGGAUUCGGCUAUUUCAGUCACACCCGUUGCUGACAGGUGUAUAAAAUCGAGCACACAGCCAUGCAAUCUCCAUAGACAAACAUUGGCAGGAGAAUGGCCUUACUGAAGAGCUCAGUGACUUUCAACAUGGCACCGUCAUAGGAUGCCACCUUUCCAAUAAAUCAGUUCGUCAAAUUUCUGCCAUGCUAAAGCUGCCCCGGUCAACUGUAAGUGCUGUUAUUCUGAAGUGGAAACGUCUAGGUGCAACAACGGCUCAGCCGCGAAGUGGUAGGCCACACAAGCUCACAGAACGGGACUGCCAAGUGCUGAAGCGCAUAGCACAUAAAAAUCGUCUGUCCUCGGUUGCAACACUCACUACCGAGUUCCAAACUGCCUCUGGAAGCAACGUCAGUACAAGAACUGUUCGUUGGGAGCUUCAUGAAAAGGGUUUCCAUGGCUGAGCAGCCGCACACAAGCCUACCAUCACCAUGCGCAAUGCCAAGCGUCGGCUGGAGUGGUGUAAAGCUCGCCACCAUUGGGCUCUGGAGAAGUGGAAGUGCAUUCUCUGGAAGGAUGAAUCACGCUUCACCAUCUGGCAGUCCGACGGACGAAUCUGGGUUUGGCGGAUGCCAGGAGAAUGCUACCUGCCCCAAUGCAUAGUGCCAACUGUAAAGUUUGGUGGAGGAGAAAUAAUGGUCUGGGGCUGUUUUUCAUGGUUUGGGCGAGGCCCUUUAGUUCCAGUGAAGGGCAAUCUUAACGCUACAGCAUACAAUGACAUUCUAGACGAUUCUGUGCUUCCAACUUUGUGGCAACAGUUUGGGAAAGGCCCUUUCCUGUUUCAGCAUGACAAUGUGUAUAUAGACGCAGAAUUUACAGACUACACUAUGAACACUAUAAUCUACAUUAGAACUAUGCAUGUAGAGAUAUACAGUAUGAAUAAAAAUAAUGUUACAGGAUGAUGUGCAAUGGGGGAAAUUACAUCUAUCUCUCCGUUCAUUCUCUUUUUUUCUCUCUCCCUGUCCAAUCCUCAGGUGGUGUGUCUGAAGUAUCGUACUUUCUCCAUCCCUAAGUCUCUCUCCAACCUGUGGCGGUACCUGGACGCUGCGUACGCCCGUGAGGAGUUCUCCUCUACCUGCCCCAACGACACAGAGAUACACAUCGCCUACUCAGCCGUGGCUAAAGCACUUAAGUAGGAGGAGAAGGGGAUUCCAUCAGUCACACACACCAGUGAAUACACACCUACACACAUACCUGUACAGACAUCCUACACACCCACCUACGCACAUACACACACACACUAAUGCGCUCAGACACACAUAUUAUUCAACAGCCUUGCUUUAGAACAGGAAAUCAAUAUUACUGU